AUGAUCAGGGAGAUUGAGAAUCGUUCCGCUCAUUUAUUCGCCGCAGAUGCAUUAAGAGAAGCUGCAUUUGAGUACAGUGAUCUGAAGAAACUGGAAUUAGAAGCUUCAUCAUUUCGUGAUGAUCCUAGACAGCCUUGUGGUCAAGCUUUUAAGAAAAUGCAGGCAUUGUUUGAGAAGUGCGAUAUGAAUUCUCGACUGUUAUUUAUAAGUCAGAUCAAGCUGGCAUCUGUGAAAUUGGCCAUGAAGUAUAUGAAGAGAGUGUCAGCAGAGCUUGAAUUUGUUGGUGAAGAAGAAGAGCUUAUAAUUCAAGGCGUUAAGUUUGCAUUCCGAGUACAUCAGAUGUCUUCAGUGCCAAGAUUCCCAUUAAGAUGGCUCCUUCCAGGGCAUGAAAUCUUGGUCGAUGUACACCUGCUUAAAUCUUUUAAUCCCGCACCGAAAAUGGCGGAGAAGGCAGUGACUAUCAGAACUAGGAAGUUUAUGACCAAUCGACUCCUUUCCAGGAAACAAUUUAUCAUUGAUGUGCUACAUCCAGGGCGACCCAAUGUUUCCAAGGCUGAACUAAAGGAGAAAUUGGCGAGGAUGUACGAGGUUAAAGAUCCCAAUGCUAUUUUUGUGUUCAAAUUCAGGACUCACUUUGGUGGAGGCAAAUCUACUGGUUUUGGCUUGAUCUAUGAUUCUGUUGAGAAUGCUAAGAAAUAUGAGCCAAAGUAUAGACUCAUCAGGAAUGGUCUUGAUACCAAGGUUGAGAAGUCUAGGAAGCAGCUGAAGGAGAGGAAGAAUAGGGCGAAGAAGAUCCGAGGAGUAAAGAAGACAAAGGCUGGAGAUGCGGCCAAGGCUGGGAAGAAGAAAUAA